AUGCUCCCCACAACGGGCGCCGGCGGCGGGGUACCGCAAUCGGAUCGAGUGCCGUGGCUGCGGAUCUCGGAGACGAGCGCGCCCUGUCCCACUGUUCCCGCCAGUUCCAAGUGGAAGCGGUAUGUUUCAAUGUGUAAGCAGGAAAGGAAGGACACUUUGGAG